AUUCUUUCUCUCUGAGGUACCAGUCAAGGAGGCGAACGCCAUUGCUGAUCACAGAAAUAAAGGAGAGAGAAAAAGAGAGAUCUUUGUGAAUUCGUAGGACUAUCAAGAGUAAAGACUUCACACCCAAAGAUGGCAACGCUACAAACUUGGAGAAAAGCAUAUGGAGCCAUCAAAGAUCACACCAAAGUUGGUCUUGCCCAUGUUAAUAGCGAUUUCAAGGAUGUGGAUGUUGCGAUCGUCAAGGCUACAAAUCAUGUUGAAUCUCCACCCAAAGAGAGGCACCUUAGAAAGAUUUUUCUGGCUACAUCCGCAGUUCGACCUCGAGCAGACGUAGCUUACUGCAUACAUGCUCUUUCUAGGAGAUUGACAAAGACACGUAACUGGACGGUGGCCUUAAAAACGCUGAUUGUAAUCCAUAGGGCAUUGAGGGAAGGAGAUCCUACUUUCAGAGAAGAGCUUUUAAAUUUCCAACAGAGAGGACAUGUUCUUCAAAUGUCUAACUUUAAAGAUGAUUCAAGCCCUAUCGCCUGGGAUUGCUCUACCUGGGUACGCACAUAUGGUAUUUUCUUGGAGGAAAGGCUAGAAUGCUUCAAGACUCUGAAGUAUGAUAUUGAAUCUGAGCGUCUCACUAGACCUGGCAGCCAAGGGCAGGAAAAGGGAUACAGCAGAACAAGGGAGCUAGACAGUGAAAUUCUUUUGGAGCAAUUGCCAGCUUUGCAACAACUGCUUUAUCGAUUAAUUGGAUGCAGGCCUGAAGGAGCAGCUGUUAACAAUUAUCUAGUACAGUAUGCGUUAGCUCUGGUUCUGAAAGAGAGCUUUAAGGUUUAUUGUGCUAUCAAUGAUGGAAUUAUUAAUCUGGUAGAUAAGUUUUUUGAGAUGCCUAAACAUGAAGCAAUGAAGGCUCUGGAUAUAUACAAACGGGCAGGCCAGCAGGCUGGUAGCCUCUCUGACUUUUACGAGGUUUGCAAAGGUUUAGAACUCGCUAGAAACUUCCAAUUUCCAGUUCUUAGAGAGCCUCCGCAAUCAUUUCUUGCAACCAUGGAAGAAUAUAUAAAGGAGGCACCUCGAAUGGUUUCUGCUCCAAAGGAGACUUUGGAUUAUCCAGAGAGGCUCAUGCUGACAUAUAAACCCGAUGAUGAAGCUCAUCCUUUAGAAGAGGAGACGACGACGGUUAACAGUGAUGAACCUCAGCUACCGACUUCAGAUGAAGUGUUGAUCUCAACUGUUGAGCCGACUUUCCCUCCUCAAACCCAUGUUGAUAACCACACUGCUGAUCUGCUGGGUUUGGCAAAUCAUGUGUCUGGAACUGCAAUUGAAGAGACCAAUGCUUUAGCUCUAGCCAUUGCCCCAACCAGCAGUACAUCUUCGACAUAUGAUCCUUUGGCUACUCAAUCAAAAGAUAUUGACCCGACUGGUUGGGAACUUGCUUUGGUAACAACUCCUAGCAGCAACAUUUCUUCUGUGAAUGAGAGGCAACUGGCUGGUGGUUUGGACACACUCACACUUAGUAGUUUAUACGACGAUGGGGCUUAUAGAGCUUCUCAGCAGCCCGUUUAUGGAGUUCCAGCUCCCAACCCGUUUGAAUCAACCGAUCCAUUUUCCUUCUCAAAGAACGUACCUCCUCCUCCUGCAGUACAAAUGGCCAAUAAUCCUUUCGGUUUUUAUCAGCAGCCUGCAUACCCACAACAACAACAGCAACAAAUGAUGAUGGAACCAUCAAACCCAUUUGGGGAUACACCAGGAUUUGGAGCUUUCCCAACAAACCAAGUUGGACACCAACAACAAGCGAAUAAUAACCCGUUUGGAAGCACUGGCCUAAUCUAACUCUCUGUUGGAAAUAUGGUACCAAACCGAAAUGAAUUAUGAUGGUGUAAUUGACUUUGGUUGAUUUUUUCCGAGUAAAAGAUUACGAUAAUUUGUCUAUCUUUGUUCAUAAAUAUGAUUUGAUUUUGGAGUUUGGAUUUUUCUUUCUAGACAAAUCAGAGUUUCAAUUGAAAUGAAAUGGGUUGUCAUUGUUGGA